AACACGAAGACCGACUGACCGAAGUGAACUUUUGUUUUUUGGAUUCAAGUUGGUAUUUUGGAUGAUUUUUGGAUACGUUAAUUAAAAUGGGUUUAGCUACAGUAAUAGAAAAUGAAGCCCAUUUCCAAUCAGAAAUGGCCAAUGCAGGGACUAAACUGGUUGUUGUAGAUUUUACAGCAACUUGGUGCCCACCAUGUCAGCGAAUUGCUCCAUUUUUUGAGCAAUUACCUGCGAAAUUCCCAAGGGCAGUUUUCUUAAAAGUGGAUGUCGAUAGAUGUGCAGAAACUGCCAGUACUCAGGGCGUCACUGCUAUGCCGACAUUCAUAUUUUAUCGCAAUAGAACAAGAGUUGACCGUCUUCAAGGUGCAGAUAAUUCUACUCUAGAAAAUAAAGUAAGGCAACAUUACGGCACAGAAGAUGCUGGGGAUGAGGAUAAUUCUGUUGCUGGACAUAUGGACUUAGUGACUUUUAUAACCAAGAGUGAAUGUGAAUGUUUGAAUGAGGCAGAUAACCAUCCACUCACCCAUGCUUUAACUAGUGGAGGUGGAUACUUGGCCAGUGACUGUGAUGAACAGCUAAUUAUAAAUAUAUCAUUUAAUCAGUUGGUUAAACUACAUUCCCUUAAGAUCAAAGCACCAGCUGAUAAAGGACCUAAGUUUAUAAAACUGUUUAUCAACCAACCACGAACUCUUGAUUUUGACCAGGCCUCUGGGAAUGCAUCAAUUCAGGAGUUGGAGAUGACACCAAAUGACUUGGAGGGUAACCCUGUACCCUUGAAAUUUGUCAAGUUCCAGAGUGUUCAAAACAUUCAGUUAUUCAUAAAAGACAAUCAGGCUGGGGAUGAAGUAACACAAAUUGAUCACUUAGCCUUUUAUGGGUCACCAAUAUCAACAACAAACAUGGGAGAAUUCAAACGGGUCGCUGGUAAAAAGGGAGAAAGCCACUAGCCCAGACUUUUGCAAUUGUGUCGUUAAAUUUUAGAAGCAUUAAAAAGGAGUCAACUAUGAAUAACAUCACACAUUAGAAAUUAUCCUGGUAAUGUGUACUCGCUUCUUAGUAGCCCUGUUUAAAAGAUAUACUUAAUUAUAUAGUAACAACACUUCCUCGCUCCUAUAUUGCCUUUCCGCUAUUAUCUUUGUUAGGUGAAGUUAUUGUUGUUGGCUUCUAACAUCUGUUAUUUCUUGCACAUCGCAAGCAACAGAAUGGAUUGACUUCUAAAAUACGACAUUAAAUUGCAAAGUGAUGAACUAAAAUUAAGAUGCAUUUUAAGUAUUUAAAGUUGCAAGUAUCCUAAGAAUCUGAUUGUGUCAAAAGACAGUAAAAUUGUAUAUUUCUGUAUUAAUCUAAGAAUUUUACAGUUGUAAUCAGUCAGGUAGCUGGUAUUUGUAUAUUCAAUAAAUAAAAACAUUAUUAAUAACUU